AUGGCUGGUGGUGUUUCAAGCAGAACACGUAGCAAGAAGGUUCCAUUGUUUCAUAGUCCUUUGUUUGAUUCUUCAUCUUCAAAGAGAAGAAAGAAUGAAGAAGAUGCUACGAGUUUAGAUUCUGCUUCUGGGUCUAAAAGAAGAAGGUUAAAAGAUGAAGCUUUUUUGAUUCCUGAGAAUGCUGAGAUUAUUUCUAUUGAUGAUGAAGAUGAAGAAGAGUUUAAGAAGGAAGUGAAGAUUGAUGAGAGUGGAGGAAGUAGUGAGAUUGGUGAUAAUAAAGAUGGAAACUUUGUUGAUGAAAAGAUUGGUUGGGAUAGGGAAAACCCGAUUAUAUUCUUAGAUGAAUCUGGUGAGAGUGAUGAUGAAGAAGAAGAAGAAGAUAGUGUUAAAGAGGGAGUAAAAAGUUAUGAAAGUGGUGAGUGUGCUGAUAAAAAUUUGAUUGUUUUGGAUGACACUGAUGAGAGUGUUAAUGAAGAUGAUGAUUCUGAUGAGAGUGAUGAUGAUGAUGAAGAUGAUGAUGAUGAUGAGAGUGAAGAAAACGAGACGAGUGAUGAGGAUUUUAACGUUGAUGAACUGGAUGAGGUUUCUGAUGAUGAUGAUGAUGAUGAUAGUUAUGAUGAUGAAGGGAAGAAGAAAAAGAGAACGAGAAAAGAUUUUGAUGUGGUGGAGGAGCUGGAGAGAGAUGUGAUGGAUAAACAAAGUGGAGUUUCUGUAAACAAUGAUGAAGAGAAGAAGAAAAAGAGAAUGAGAACAGAUUUUGAUGUGGUGGAGGAGCUGGUGAGAGAGGUAAAUGAUAGACAAAGUGGAAUUUGUCAGAUGAAAAACGAGAAGAAGGGUUCUAUAAACAAUGAUGAAAUCGAGCAUUCGGAUUAUGGUAGUGUAACAAAUUCUACUACCUUUGAGAAGAAGGGUUCUUUGGAUCCAAUCAAGGGUUGUUCUUCUUCUUCUUCAAACAAGAAAGAAGAAUCAAUGAAACAGAAAGCAAAAAGUGUGGAAAAAAAUGUCUCUGAGGUGUCUGAUUUUGAUGGAGAAAAACAGCAAUAUGGCAAGAGAAGAGGGAAUAAUUCAGAGAAACAAAAAAAGAUGGAGAACAAUGGUUUGAAUCGAAGGGGUAAAAGUGCGUAUUUUUCGUUGAAGGAUUUGAGUUUAGUCAAACUCCUUGCUGAAUGCUAUUCAUACAAGGAAAAUAGCAUUAAGAAUGAUCCAAUUCUGCCGGAGGUGAAUAGUGAUAAUGAUUAUGAUGAUGAUGAUGAUGUUAAUCCGCGAGAUACACGGAAACCACCAGUUUGUGUUGAGGCACCUUUGAUAUGGAGCCUAAAAAAGGUUCAAACAGUAGAACUGACUGAAGAGGAGGAGGAGGAACGGAGGAAAAAUGAAAAGUUAGAGCCCAUAUGGGAUCAAAUGGCUAUGUACAUUAAUGAAUCAGAAGCUGAAUCCAAGAUAGGAAAUUUAGUGACAAAUGAAGCCUCACAAGGAAAUAACGGAAGUCCUUCAUCUCGCUGUGAGCAUGACAUUAUCUACGAUGAAGUGAUUGGUGAUUAUUGCAAAUCGUGUGGUCAUGUUAUUACUGAGAGCAAAUAUAAGACACAACUAGUGAGGGAUAAAUAUCCAUAUGAAGGGUACGAAAAAAGAGCUUCAUCGGAGGAUUCUGAAAAUUCCUUACACUUGGAUUGCUCUCAGUCUCGCGUCAAUGUUUCCGAUGGUGAUUUAGAUGCUAAUAUCUGUCAUAAAAAAGGCACAGUUUGGGACCUAAUUCCUGAAGUGAGAGAAACUUUGUAUCCUCAUCAACAGGAAGGCUUUGAAGUCAUUUGGAAAAACUUGGCAGGAAGCAUCAGUCUUAAAAAGUUGAAGAACACGGAUCCUGACAAAGAGGGUGGCUGCAUUAUUUCACAUGCUCCUGGAACUGGAAAAACAAGGUUGACAAUAGUCUUUCUCAUGGCAUAUUUGAAAGUGUUUCCUGAAUGCUUUCCGGUUAUCAUUGCUCCUGCGGGUUUGUUACUUACUUGGGAAGAUGAGUUCAAAAAAUGGAACAUUGGAGUUCCAUUUCACAAUUUGAAUAAUCCUGAGUUAUCCGGUAAAGAGCACGAUGAUGCUGUUAAUGCGUUUAAUUGGUCUACUGCACAGCAUAGUAAGGUCGAUACGCGAAUGGUGAAACUGAUUUCGUGGUACAAAGAAACAAGCAUUCUUGGAAUCAGUUACACUUUGUACAAGAAACUAGCUGGUGCAGUGGAAUCUGAAGACGAGGGAGAAAUGGGGAAAUUUCUGCGAAAAGUUCCUGGCUUGUUGGUGCUAGAUGAAGGACACACGCCGAGAAAUAAAAGAAGUGGUAUUUGGAAGGUGUUUUCGGAAAUUCCAACAAAGAAGCGAAUUAUACUUUCCGGAACUCCUUUUCAGAACAACUGCUUGGAGCUAUAUAACACUUUGAGCCUUGUGAAGCCUUCGUUUCCAAACAUGUUACCGCUCGAGCUGAAAAAGUUUUGCCAGAAGCAGCAAAAAAAAAAGGCAUCGAAAGAAUUGAGGUGGGAACAGUUGAAGUUGCUUAUGGAUCCCUUAGUGCAUGUCCACAAAGGUGCGAUCCUUCAAAAGAAGCUUCCCGGGUUAAGAAAUUGCGUGCUGCGUUUGAAGCCUGACGGAUUUCAUAAGCAAAUUCUUGAGAGUUUUGAAAGUUCUCAGAACUCAUUGAUAUUUGAGAAUAAUCAAACAUUGGUGUCCAUCCAUCCGUCUCUUUUCCUCGAGUGCACACUUUCGGAACAAGAAAAAUCUGCUGUCGACAAGGACCGGCUAGAGAAGCUUAGAUUGAAUCAUAACGCAGGCGUCAAAACAAGGUUUUUGGUGGAAUUCGUUAGUCUUUGUGCUGCUGUUAAUGAAAAGGUUCUCGUGUUCAGCCAAUUCCUCCGUCCAUUACACUUAAUCAUAGGCCAUUUAAAGUCGGCUUUAAAAUGGACCGAGGAUGAGGAAAUUUUGUACAUGGAUGGACGGGUUAAGGACAGGCAAUCCUUAAUCCAUCGAUUCAAUGAUGCAGACAGCCAAGCGAAGAUUCUCCUUGCAUCAACAAAAGCUUGUUCGGAGGGAAUCAGCUUGGUCGGAGCUUCAAGGGUUGUGCUACUGGAUGUCGAAUGGAAUCCGUCGGUAGAAAAACAGGCUAUAAGCCGAGCUUAUAGAAUAGGACAGACGAAGUUUGUGUACAUAUAUCAUCUGCUCACGCAAGGGACUAGAGAGUGCGAUAAAUAUUGCAAGCAGAUUGAAAAGCACCGGUUGUCUGAACUUAUUUUCUCGGCUAAAAAUGCUUACAACAAUGACGAGUCAAAAAGCCGUGCAACGAACGUUGAAGAUACGAUUCUUGAUAAGAUGAUUAGGCACGAAAAUCUCAAAGACCUGUUUGAUGACUGUGUGAUACAGGUCGAAGGAGCUAGAAUUUGA